UGAUAAGUUGACAACUGUGUCAGGUGCCGAUGGCGACUUGACAGUGCCUCACUGGGAUCGCAGGAUCCGCACUGGGAGUAAGGCAUGAGUAAAACUAAAACACAAAUGGCAAAAAGUUUCCCGAAAGUUACGUCGACGACUGCAGCGAAGCUGUUUGUGUGCAUCAACUGUGGAGCAAAAGUUAAGGAACUUUACAAGACCUACAGUUCGUCUGUUAUCAAGAUAAUCAAGUGUGAUGAGUGCCACGAAGUUGCUGAUAAGUAUAUAGAAUUUGAACCAAUCAUAAUACUUGUCGACCUGGUAUUACUCUCGCAAAGCGCAUAUCGUCACGUCCUGUAUAAUACUGAUUUCAAGCUACACUGGAAGCUCUCGCUAGUUCUCCUAUUAUUAGAAUCAUUUGCGUUAUGGCGUCAAAAACUUAGCAACUUCUCCGAUAUUGGAAACAAAGAGGAUUUUUUGGAAGAACGUGGUUUUUAUAUUUGCUGCCUCGAAAAUAUAAUUGAUAACUUCAUGAUAUUCGUAAUUUUGCAAAUAAUAUCGAUAUUUUUACGUGGAACAGAGAAGAAGAAAAACAAUCGAUGGGAUUGGUCAAAUGAAAUUCUUUUAUGUAAAACAAUAACAAUAGCCAAUUUGGGGAAAUUCCUUUUGCUGCCGAUUAUGAUUUGGAAAGACAACACAACUGAAUUUGGAUUGUCGAUACACUACUUACUUGUCAUGGGUUACUUUUUAUUGUCUUUCAUACAUGUUUAUUCAGUUGUUACUAAUAUGUCGAAAUUCAAGGCUUUCUUUGUGAUAAUUUUCACAUUUAUGGUGAAGCAUUAUAUCAAUGGACUGACAACAACAUACCUGGAAACAAAUUAUUUGUGAUACUAGAAGUAAUUGCGUGAGUAAGUAAUUAGCUGAAAUUCCUAUGGAGGAAAGGAUAUAUUGAACUGAAUUUAGAGGAUGAAAACUAUGUCAGAUGUUUGUCAUGCCAUUUAUACUGAACCAUAUGAGUAUCUACAUAAUAGAAAUUAAAUUGAAAUAAA